AUGAGGCGGAUCAUGUCCCCUCGUGUGAUGUGUGAAGUAAAGUUUGGGAGUCGGCCCGCACCGCUUGCCUGUAGUCGGAUGUUUUUUAUUCCUCCUCAACUUGCGAAGUUGAUCGUCACCUCUGGUUUACUUAUAGUUAAGGCCUUCCUUGUUGCACAUCAGCAGGAGGCUAAGAGGUUGCGCGAGGAGGAGGAGAAGGAGGGCCAUUCAGCUACGAACGCUCAGGUGGGGACAGGUAGUGCAGCCCUUAUGACAUCUUCGGAAGCAUUGCAGAUUCUUGGACUACAACCGAAUAUGUCCGUUCCAUUGACAGCGGAAUCGGAUCGGCAGCUGGCCGCAGUGCGAUUCGAGCAUUUGUUCGCCAUUGCGACACGAUGCAAAAAUGUAUUUCUUCAGGGGAAAUUGAGCGGGGCUUACAGAGUGUGUGUAGACCCCGAGUGGGAUUUGAAGGAUGAAGUGAAAGAUAGCCAUGGUAAUUCUAGGGGAAAUGACGCGAUGUGGUAA